AUGUUGAAAAAGAGUGGAAAUUCAGAGCUGAAGGGGUCGCAGAAAAUGCAAUCGUGCUAUGCAGUAUUAUAUGGUUGGUUUGGUGACGUAAACUUGCUGCAACGAGACUUCCAUGCAGGAUCUAGCUGUUUGUUCCAGAAACAGAAAGAAACGACGAUGAAACGAAGUCGUCUCGACGAUGAUAUCGAAUCACAGUUGAUCGGGAAAGCGAUGACAAACGCCUUUCAGUUACAGUGCGAAGAUGCUGAGCGUGACCGCCAUGCAACGGCUGAUACAAUAGCGAAGUGGGAAGAAAUUGCUAAGAAAGUGGUUCUCACAUUAAAAACAAGCAAGAUGAAGCAUGCUUGUCAGUAUAAAGAUCUUGAAUUGUGGAAGAAACACGGAGUUGAACAUCCGCUCAUUCAACAUGCAGCUGCUAUCGCAAAAACCACAUCAAGUGUUACUGAGUACAGGUGGUCGGGACCGGAUGAAGUAGCCAUUCUUUCUGAGUCGGCAGUCGACUUACUAAGAUCUUCUUGCUUCGUUGUACGUAUUUUUGUUACUGUACCAAAUAGCCUUUUCGGGAAAAGAGACUACAUAAAUUUAACAUAUCCUGCAAAGCGUGCCCACUACAUGUGUAGCGCUCUGAUAGUGCUUCGCAGAUCCCUUAAAGAUGUUCAAGUCAGUUUUGUGCAAGGAUCUGGUGGCGAUGAAAUUUUUCCAAACUUGAGAGUAUUUGAUAAUACCUCGUCAGGGAAUAUAUUGAUUCAUUUCGGAGCUGCUGAGUCAGCGCUAGCUAAAACAUCACGGUUUGCGCCGAAUAUCUCGAACCUUCGAGCAUCCACUAUUUGUCCGGACAUUACCGUUAAUGAUGAGGCUGCUACCCCGGUGUUUAAUCAGCGUAUUCUACGAACGAUACUCGAAUCAGCUAUGAUUCGUCGUGUUUCCGCCGAACUACGUCAUAAAGAGACCGUUGUGUCGGCUCUCGCGUUAGCCGUGCGCUGGUUUACCUCCCGAGGUUUGCGUGAGUUUGACGAUCUUUUUUUGGCAUGUUUUAUGGUGCGACUUCUUGAAACAAAUGUCAUCGUGAAACAACAAGACUUGUUGACUGUACUCAAGAACUUCUUCCUAGCUAUAGUUAACUGGGACACCUCGAUCGUUACGGGAUUUCAUCCGGACAAUCUAGAAGAUGACAUUAGAUUAGCUCAUCUAGCGGCUUUUCCUGUGGUAUUUCUGGAUAACACGGGCUACUGGAAUAUAGCGAAUGCUAUUUCAAAGGAUUCCUUGCUUUUGGCCAAAGCGGAUUUGAGCCGUUCACUGACGUCGCUAGGAGACUGUCUUGCGUUUGAUACUUUGUUCCUAGAACAACACCACGUUUUCUCAUCGUUCGAUCAUUACUUCAGAUUAGAUCUGUCAACCGAAAACAAGGAACUUCUCUGCAAAAACUCGGAUUUCAUAGUCGACACUGUAAACUAUGACGACCGCUUAAAUCGGUUUAUAAACAAGCUUAGCACGCACAUUAAUGAAUGCAUGGGUGAACGAUUUGAUAACAUGUAUAUUCAGCGACUAGCGGUUGAGAAUAAGGAGCGAACAGUGUUCUUGCUCGCAUUUCGCAUUAAGAGAGGGUGGGCGAAUCCGAUUACAAUGGGACCAGUGGCGACUGAGUCGACAGCGAAAUCUUUUCGACUUCUUUGGAAGAAGAAAACACAGUUGAGGAAAUUUGCUGACGGACGUAUUUGUGAAUGUAUGGUGUGGUCGGAGAGUGCGUCACCAUCAAUACCAUGUUCAAUUAUUCAAUUCAUCCUGGACAACCAUUUUGGCCUGCCACCUAAUUGUGUUUCAUGGCGAAGUGUAUUCCCAUCUGGGUUUUCAUCACCGAAAGAUGUGAACUCGAAGGUUACGACAGCGUUCGCAAGUUUGAGUGCUAUAUUGAGAUCAGCCAAAGGUCUUCCUCUUAUGAUCACUAAUAUACAUGGAAUUAGCGCAUAUAUUAGAGAUACCGAGCCGUGUGCUGCAGAAGUGCUAUGCACUACAGACCAGGGAAACAUUGAAAAUGGGCAUCGCUUACCUGCUCAGCGUGCUGUUCCACCAUACACCGGCGCCGUAACAGUGCAUCUGAAAUUGGAAUAUUCUGGAAAAUGGGGUGACACUAUUGAGGGCAUCCGCCAGCUAUCAGCAGCUUUCUACAUUGAGAUAGGAAAGUAUCUGAAAGACAAGCAUCAACUUGUUGUAGCACCAACGAUGGAUCAGCUGUUUGUUGUAAAGGAUGGUGUUGUAUUUAAAUUGGUGCUAGUGUUGGAUAAGAUUUCAAAGUUACUGGAACAACGCGUUGCUGAAGUUAAAGCCAGCGGUGCACCCAGAAUUGAGAUGAGCGCGGAAGGGCAAAGAUUGACGGCGUGGAAAAAACUGUACGUUCACGAGGCAUUACUGCAAGCAUCUUUGCAGUCGUUCGCUACGAAACAUCUUGCUUUUGGAGAGACUGUGCAAAUUAUAAAAAAAUGGCUAUCGAUCCACCUGUUGACCGGCGCUAUAUCUGAUCUUGCCCUGGAAAUAAUAGUGGCUGCUGCAUUCGAACACCCAGUUCUUCCUCCGCCACAAACUGCUUUAGCUGCGUUUAGGCGGGUCCUACAGCUUGUGAGCAAGCACAACUGGACGGCUCGUCCUCUUUUUAUGGAUUUUGAUUGUGCUUGGAACGAGGAGGAAAUAGCCAAACUUGAAUCAAACUUUGUCAAGAUGAGACCCAUAUUACCUCCAAUGGUUAUAAUUACUAAUGAGGAUCCUGUUGGAUCUAGAGAUGGACCAACUCCACUGCUGCUAAAGAGGAUCAUAGCGUUAGCAAAAUCCAUGCUCGAGGUACUUGAUAUGAACUAUGGAAAUGCGAAGGCGGUGGAUGUGAAGUCUGCUUUGACGGAUGUAGAUAUGUCGGUUUAUGAUGCUAUAAUCGAGAUCUAUCCGAAAAUGGUUGUUAGGACUAGCGUUAGCGAAAAGACGCCCACAGUCAAUAAUCCAGAAGCUCUUCCUGUUGUUAGUUUUGAUCCGGUAGAUGAACUUGUUUAUGCUUUGAAUGCCCAUUUUGAACAUGUAGCAUUGUUUUUCUGGAAUAAGUACGGUGGAAAUCAUAUCGGAUUAAUAUGGAAGCCAUACGAAGUCGAAGUACCAGCGAAGAUUUCGCGGUGCAGUUUACAUUAUGCCAGCAAACCAGGUGCAUCUACUCUUUUGUUAAAUAGAGAUGAGAUUCUGGAAGGGAUACGGAUUUUAGGUAGAGGAAUAGUUAAAGAUAUACAGUGUAAAUUUGAUUAA